AUGUCAAUAACAGUUUCGGCUGCUCAACUUGGUGAACAAAAACAGAAACAAUUUAGUUAUUUACCAAAAAUCAUAAAUGGAGGAAUUGCAGGAAUUGUUGGUGUAACUUGUGUAUUUCCUAUAGAUUUGGUCAAAACACGUUUACAAAAUCAAAAAGAAUUGCCUAAUGGAAAGGUUCAAUAUCAAGGAAUUUUGGAUUGUGGACGUCAAACAUGGAAGAAUGGGGGGCCUAAUGUUUACAGCAAAAUUCGUUCAUUAUAUUCUGGCUCCAGUGUAAAUAUUUUGUUGAUAACUCCAGAAAAGGCAAUAAAAUUGGUUGCUAAUGAUUUUUUUCGUUAUAAAUUGGCAUCUCCAAAUGAAAAAAAACUUUCAAUACCAAAAGGAAUGCUUGCAGGUGGUGCAGCAGGUUUUUGUCAAAUAAUUGUAACAACACCUAUGGAAUUACUCAAAAUACAAAUGCAACGUUUGUAA